CCCUCGACGUUCCAAAAUUCCUCUCGACGCCCCCGCCGUCGAGCCUCCCGCCGAGGCGAUGUCUCGCCUCGACGUCGAUUUCUGCGUCGACGAACGCGCGCGCUGGCGCUCCAUCGACGCGCUUUUACUUCGCCGUGGGAGAUUCACCGGUCCAGAUUUUGAGCCGGGAGAAGACGUCGCGCGCGUGCUCCGCGAGCACGUCCGCGUGCUCGUCGUCGGCGCCGGAGGACUCGGGUGUGAACUGUUGAAAGGGCUCGCGCUGAGCGGAUUCACGACUCUGGACGUGAUCGAUAUGGACACGAUCGACGUGACGAAUUUAAAUAGACAGUUUUUGUUUCGCGCGGAGGACGUGGGGAAGAGUAAGGCGGAGACGGCGGCGAGACGAGUGCGGGAACGCGUGCGCGGGUGCGCGGUGAACGCGCAUCACGGACGAAUAGAAGAGAAAGAGGAUGGGUGGUAUAAACAGUUUGAUAUCAUCGCUCUGGGAUUGGAUUCUCUGGAAGCGCGGGCAUACAUCAACGCGGUGUGCUGUGGGUUCUUGGAUUACGACGAGGAUGGGAACGUGGAUCCGGCGACGAUUAAACCGCUCGUGGACGGCGGUACGGAGGGAUUCAAGGGACACGCGCGCGUCAUCGUUCCGGGAAUGACACCGUGUUUCAAUUGCACAAUGUGGCUGUUCCCUCCGCAAACGACGUUUCCGUUGUGCACGCUGGCAGAGACGCCGAGGAACGCAGCGCACUGCAUUGAAUACGCAAAAUUAAUUCAGUGGCCGGCGGAGCGAUACGGGGAGACGUUUGACGCGGAUGUCGUCGAGCACAUGACGUGGGUGUACACGAAAGCGCUCAAACGCGCCGAGACAUUUGGUAUUCCAGGCGUAACGUACGCUCACACGCAAGGUGUGACGAAGAACAUCAUUCCGGCGAUUCCUAGCACGAACGCAAUCAUAGCCGCGGCGUGCGUCAUCGAAACGUUGAAAAUGGCGACGAUGUGCGCCAAGGGAAUGAACAAUUACAUGAUGUACGUGGGCACGGAUGGUGUGUACUCGCACACUGUGGAGUACGAACGCGAUCCAUCGUGCGUGGUGUGCUCACCCGGGAUCGCUCACGCGUUGAACGCGAACGCGACACUCGAAGAAUUCAUGGCUUCCAUCGUCGCCGCGUAUCCAGAUUCUCUCGCCGAACCGAGCGUGAGUUUCGGCGGGAAAAAUCUGUACUUGCGCGGCGUGCUCGAGUCCGAAUUCGCGGAAAACUUGAAUAAACCUAUGAUUGAGCUCAUGAAUGGGCGCAAAGAAGGCUUAGUCGUGGUGAAUGACAAGAAAAUGAAGAAGACGUCGAUGCGGUUGCGACUGUCGUUAAAAUGA